AUGGCUAAACCCCCUAGCGGUGACGCAUUGUCCUAUCUUAACAAUCUUGAUUCAUUGAUAGCUAAACAAGUUGUCAGUUUUACUCAAAUGUUAACUGGUUUUGAAUCUCAGGUCAAGUUCGGAGUAUUCAACACUCAUGGAGAACAAGUGUUUUUUGUAUGGGAAGAAUCAGACGCAUGCGAACGUAUAUGUUGUGGGGCAAAACGUGGAUUUGUUUUGCAUGUUGUUGAUCAAGCAAAUACGGAAAUUAUUAGAAUUCGUCGAGAAUUUAGAAUUUGUGCAGGCAACUCUUGGUUCUCGUGUUGUGACGCUUGCGUCCAUGAAAUUUUUGUGGAAUCUCCACCGGGAGUGGUUUUUGUCGAUUUCAGCUGUAGUUUUUGGCGACCUCAUUUUGAAUUAAAAGAUAUGAGCAAUAAUAAAAUUUUGAGCAUUGUUGGACCAUGCUGUGUUUGUGAUGGUCCUUAUUGUUGUUGUUGUGAAAAUAAAUUUACAUUAUUUGGUACAGAUGACACUACCGAAGUUGGAGCAAUUCAUAAAAAAUAUGCAGGAUUUCUCAAUGAAGCGUUUACUGGUGCUGAAAUAUUUUCUAUUCAAUUUCCACUAAAUAUGGAUGCAAAAAUGAAGGCUGUUGCAAUUGGAGCACUUUUUCUUAUUGACUUUAUGUAUUAUGUUCAUGUUCCUCAACGGGGUUAUUAG